AUGUUAAUAACUCCCCGCACUUCCGCGAAUAAGCUCGUUGAUAUUAACGUGGAAAUUCAUGCUUUUCAGUCCUCUCUCUUGGUCUUUCGGCAAACAUUGCAAGCGAAAGUUGCUAGGUCAUUGAAUCGUGUCAAGUUUUUUGUGCCAGGUGGAACAGCACGGUCGGAUUCUUACCGAUUAGUCGUUCGAGCUGAAAAUGACAAUGAAUCAUUUGAAGAAAUAAUACCCGGUGCACCGGAUCUAAGGAAUAUUUAUUUACAAACCGACAAAACCGUUUAUAAACCAACUGAUACUGUUAAAGUACGAGCAUUACCAAUUACAACAAGCGGCAAGUUGUACGAUGAAUCAGUGAAUUUCGCACUUGUGAAUCCUGAUGGUUUUGAACUCAUACAUAAAACCAGAUCGACUACUAACAAUCGAUUUCUUGCUGUAGAAUUUCAAUUACCAGACCAUUUGGUUUUUGGCGAAUGGAAAAUUUUGGCACAACCGGAUCAUCAAAAGCUAUACACCUAUUCAAUUACAUUUCAAGUGCAAAAAUACGAGCUAUCACCAUUUCGCGUUCAUAUCCUGGCCAAAGAAACUGGUGAUCUUGAUUUGUAUGAAAUAGAUGUGCUAGCAAGGCAUGCUAAUGGCCGACAAAUAUCGGGACAAGUGUCAAUUUGGUGCGAUUGUGAUGGGAACAGUAGCAAGUCAUUAAUACGAUCCGAUUCAGGAAAAUCAUUUCUCUGUAUCUUGAAAUCGUCCAAGAAUGUAUCGCCUCCCAGUCACGAAUCAAAAGGAUUAAAAAUUUAUUCAGUUUGA